AGUCAGACAGUUACCACAGCAUUACCCGAGCAAUAUAAUAGUGUAGAAAACAAGUCGUGAACAUGGAUAAGAAGAAACCCUUCGCUGUGACUGCUACAUCUCUGGUGGACCUUAAAGCUGAACUGUACAGAAAGCAGGAACAAUUCAAACAGGAAAAACUUGGGCAUGGAAACACUGGUGCUGGAUUCACAUCAAAAUGCAAAGUCAAGAAACCUAAUGUCUGGACUAAACAAAACGAUGGUGUUUCUGCAAGAGCUGAGAAAGACGCGGAGCAGCUGGCCGAGGAGCAGAGCAGCCUUGACACAUCAAAACGCAAGUUGGAGGAGAAGGCCAAACUCUAUGAGCAAAUGAUAAAAGGGGACUUUCCAGAUGAAGAAACCGAGGGACUGUUCCUGGUUGAUUUCACCCAGAAGAUUAUUGACCAAAGGAGAGAAACACAGAAGGAAACCGAAAGAGACAUUGAGGAAAGAGACACCUCGUCCCCCGUCCCUCCUCCUCAAAACCCAGACGAGGAAUGGGUGGACUAUGUGGACGCUUUGGGCCGAUCUCGAAAAUGCAUGAAGAAAGACCUGCCAGGUUUUAAGAAAAUGGACCAAGACAUUCAUGGACAAGGAAACACUUCAGCUGAUAAGACCUUACUGUCGGAGGACAUGCGUCGAGAGCUGCAGAGGCAGGAGUGGGAGAGGGAGGAAGAGGAGGCUAUGAAGAGGCCUGUAGGACCGAUCCACUACGAGGAUAUCAGGGGACAAGAGGCUCGAGAUCUCGGUGUCGGUUACUUUGCGUUCGCUCACGAUGAAGAGCAGCGCAGAAAGCAGAGAGAAACUCUGGACAUGCUGAGAGACCAGACAACCAAUCAGCGCACCAAGAGGGAACAACUGAAGGACAAGAGGCAGGCCAUCCUGCGGGCCCGAUUGACCAAAGUGAGGCAGAGGAAGAGGAACAAGGGCAUGCUGGAUGGCACUGAGGAGGAGAAUGAAGGAGGGGAGGACGAAGGUGAAUUUAUGGGACCCUCGCCUCCACCAGAGGACCCCCCAGAAGUAAGCACAGUAAAGAAGGUGGUAGUGGAGAUCCAGGAAAGGAAGGACACCAAACCAGGAGUUCCUCAUGUCAGAGAAUGGGACAGAGGCAAAGAGUUUAUGUUUGCUGAGUGGAAAAAUCGGUGUCGCGAUGAGCGAGAGUCCGAUUUUGCACCUCCCUCUGCCUACUUUACUGAGGGGAAGAGAGGAAGACCAGGGAAGAUUAAAACUCAGGAGAAUAAAUCCAAGAUGUCCUUUAAGUGGACCAAAGGCCCAGAAGAAAUUGAGAGCAAGGAGGAACCACAAUCUCUGCCUAAAACGACUCCUCCACCUCCUUUACCUCCUUCACCUCCUCCACCUCAACAAAAUCUUCCACCUCCAUCACAACCACAGACUUCACCGCAGUCAUCACCUUCCGAUCACCCAGCAGCUUCAGCUCCUGCGUCUGCUCCUCCUUUUAAUCCCGAGUAUACCCCUGCUCCAUUUUAUCCUCCGUUUACUUCUCCUCAGUUUGCUGGACCACAUCACCUGCCUCCUCCGUUUUCCCCACAAUACCCAAACCAGUAUCCACCCCAGUAUCCAGCCCAGUAUCCACCCCAGUAUCCACCCCAGUAUCCUCACCAGUAUUUCCGCCAGUAUCCCCACCAGUAUUUCAACCAGUAUGCACCCCAGUAUGCACCCCAGUAUCCACCUCAGCUGCAGUCUCAGCCUCAGCCUGAGCAGCUCCUGGAGCCUGUAGACCUCAGCCAGGCCAGACAGCCCACAGAGAAUCUGGACGACAUGCUGUCCUUCUACAGGAACAUUACCUGAUCUCUAAAAUGUCAUAUUUAACGUGUAAUUGCUUCAUACUGAGAGUGUAAAUACUGCUGUUUCCUUAUUUUUGUUUUGUUUAGGAAAUCACAGAAACAAUAAAACACAACUUCUCAGCUCUUUGGAGUUUUAGAAUUGAAUAAAUAUCAGGAAUUUAACUGGACAUUGUUCUGACUUUUUUUGUUGAAAAACUUGGUAAUUUUAGUAGUCUUAAGUAUAUAAAGCCUCCACCUCGUGAACUAUUUAAUAGCAGGGGGGCAUGACAUGAAGUGGUCUGUUUGGACAUUCAGCUGCAGUAUGAACAUCUCCACCAGAUGGACCUGUACGCCUCCAUUGUGAUCCAUCUGAACUGUUGAAGGACAUCAUUCUAGUUCCGCAAUUAUUUUCAUUGUCGAUCAAUCAGCUGAUUAUUUUCCCCAUAAAUGAUCAAUUGUUAUGUUGUAAAAUAGGGAAAA